GAACACGAAGGAAUCGUGUCUAUGACCAACUUAUACUCCGUACUCAUUCACGAAUGAACUGUCUACACCUCUCACUCGUUCAGUGAACUCAGUCAGUGACAAGCCACCGAAGAGACGCGUGUGUGGAUUUCUACCACCUUCUAAAUAUGCCGUCCCACGUAUUGCUGGUAUCGUUGACCCUGGCGCUGGCAGCGGCCGACGUCUCCCACCUGACGACCUCCACGGCGCCUCCGCCCCCGAAACCCUACGCUUUCUCCUACACGGCGGGCAGAUACCCUGGACAUGCCGACAGACAGCACACUGAGGUCAGCGACGGCAGUGGAGUCAUUAGAGGCCAGUUCUCAUACGUGGAUCCUCGCCAGAAGAUCCGCACGGUGCAGUACGUGGCAGACAAGGAGGGCUUCCACCCGCUGCUGAGCGACCCUCUACCGGAGCACCCUGUAGAUUCUGAGUCCGUAGCGCGCGCCAAGGACCGCCACUACCAGCUCUACCAGAAAAUCGCCGAGGAACACGCCAACUACCCGCAUCCUAGCCCUGACGCCAGCCCCCGCCAAUCAGAAGCCGUGGUGGCGGCGACAGCGAAGCAUGCGCACCUAUUCCAAGUGAUAGCCGAACAACACGCGCGCAUCGCCGCUGAGCGUGAGGCGCUGCAGCGGGAAGAGGAGGAACGACAACACCUGCAAGAGCUGCAGGAUAUCCAGCACUAGACUAUAGCUCUCUCGUUAAACUAUUUCAAUGUAAAUGUCUUAGAAUGUAAACAGAGACCAGACACCUAGACCAAAUAAAUGCAGCGUAUGAUGUCUAUGACGACAAAUACGCUGCGUCUAUUGGCCCCGCGUACUCCUGGGGUCUUUGCCAACUUACAAACAUGACAAUCGACAGUGACAAUGAUAAAAAUAUAUGGUAUUGAUAUAUCACCUUAUGAUAAAUCGUUACUCGCUUUUGUAAAAAAUCGGUAACUUUUUUCAUUGAAUAAAACUUAACACAAUGGAAUAGGUGUAACUAAUUUUGAAAGUAGUAAUUUUUGUUUACAUUUUAAGACUAUUGAAAUAAACUUUAGAGUAUUUAGAGUAAUACUCCUUAUUGAGAAGAGACAUUUUGAAGACUUGUAUUCUGGUUCGUAAGAAGUAAAUCCUUGCAUUGUAGAUUUUAGCUUAAACCAACCCCAGCAGACUAUGCACAGCAAGCGCGCCGCGCGCGACGCUUUUUACAUCGACGCAGUGAAUGAUAUAUCUACGAGUAUAAACAUCGUAACUCGAACCCCUAUUUGUCACAGCCCUCGAUAUAAUUCGCGCGGCGCGAGGCUAGUUUAACUAACUUAUCAAUAACUCUACCAUGUCUGGAAAAUCAAGAGUCUGUUUAAAAAAAUAUCAUGCAUCAGAAUGCAAGUCCUAAAUACGAACACCCAAAGAAUUUUUCAAAUCGAAAAUGGAGUCGAAGUUUUAUGACAUUUCAUUACCAAGUAAUGUAAAUAUUUACUUAUAAUUAUUAUAAUGGUUACCAAGAACCGAUCUCUUGAAAUAUGUACUGUAAGAUCUAAUAUCUAUCCCACUGCUGGAAACAGGCUUCCCUUUGUCAAUGGGGUAUAGAAAAGUCUACAUUUCUACAUAAUACAUGUACCUACAAAAAGUAUGUUUAUAAUUUAAUCUAAAAUAUUUAUAUUGUAAUCGGAAAAUACUCUUAUAUUUGCCAUAAUUAUAUUUUGGAACUAGUUCUAGCUAGCUUAACGGAAUUUUUAUAUUUUUAUACUUGUCUUUUUAUAAAUAUUGCCAUACAAAAAGUAAAUAAA